AUGUCCCUUGGCGUUUACAAUGGUGCGGCAGAUAUAUCAUCCGGUGAUCACGACGAUGAUGAUGAUGGAGUUGGGCAUGGAGUAGGUCACGGUGAUGGAAGGGAAGUCGUCUUACCUGAUAAUAGGUCACAGCCACCAGCAGCGGCACGACAUGACGCGCGGCAUGUUGUUGCGUCGGAAAUUAGCGACUCUGAUGACGACAUCGACGACGACGACGACGACGACGACGAUGAGGAUAUGGAUGAGGAAGAAUACGACGGCAUAGACGAACGGAUCAGGAUUGGAACCGUGACGGCGGCAACAGAGGUGAACCAGGCGGAAUCAGAUGAAUUAUCCGACGACAUGUCCGAUUACUCAACGGACAACUCGCACGAUAUCGACCGUGUCAACAGCACAAUCGAGUCCAUCACACCUGAGCUAGUGGCGCAAACGAGGAGAUUCUUGAAACGUGAAGGAAGCACCCGGUUUUUAGAAGAAUAUCUACCUACAACGGCCCGCUCUCGAGAUAUCAUCCGCUUGAUUGCGCAAUUGGGGUUCGUCAUGAAACGAUUGCCCGCUGAGGACUCGGACGAGUCGAACUUGAUGGACUACGUCAACGUGCUCAACCAUGCCAUGAUGAAAGUAGUCGCCGAGCGAGAUCGACUAGAGCACGUGUCGACGUUUGAGGACGCGUUGCAGUUGAUCAACAAGAGCAACAAGAUCUUGAUCAUCACCGGCGCUGGCAUAUCGACCAGCUUGGGAAUCCCCGAUUUCAGAUCUUCCAAGGGGUUCUAUUCCAUGGUCCAGCAUUUGGGGCUACUGGAUCCGCAAGAAGUGUUUGAUUUGGAGAUUUUCAACUCUGACCCAAAUUUAUUCUACCUGAUUGCGCAUAUGGUUCUACCACCAGAGAACACGUAUAGUCCCUUGCAUUCAUUUGUUUAUCUAUUACAGCACAAGGGGAAGCUUCUUCGAAAUUAUACUCAAAAUAUCGAUAAUUUGGAAAGCUAUGCUGGGAUACUUCCGCAAAAAAUUGUUCAAUGCCAUGGAUCUUUCGCUACUGCAACCUGCAUGACGUGCCGUACUCAGAUUCCAGGUGAAAAGAUCUUUGACAAGAUACGCAGCAAGCAGAUUCCAUAUUGUCGACAAUGCGAGUUGACACGAAAGAAGUUGCUCAAAAGAGACGAGGAUGCUUAUAUACCCGAGAAUUUCGGCGUUUAUAAACCAGACAUCACUUUCUUUGGCGAGGCUUUACCGUCAAGAUUCCACGACUUGGUGUUGAAGGAUAUCGCUGAGUGCGAUUUGUUGAUUAGCGUGGGGACAUCGUUGAAAGUUGCGCCCGUGGCAGAUAUCGUCGACAAGGUGCCGCAUCACAUCCCGCAGAUCUUGAUCAACAAGGACCCGAUCGACCAUUGCAAUUUCGACGUUAGUCUCUUGGGGUAUUGUGAUGACGUCGCUGCCUUGAUAUCGCAUCGACUAGGUGACGACUGGCUGUUGCCGCAUGAGCAAUAUGAGAAAAUUAGACUUUCAAACGGCGAGAAUUUGCGGAUAGAGUUGGUGGAUCUGCAUUUGCGCGAAUACGAAAUAGUCAACCUUGACCAAGAACAGGUUAUGAAGGAGAAAGUUAUAGCUGCUGAGCAUGGCCGUGAUGAAGCAACUCGACCGGAAAAAGGAGGAGAAGAAAAAGAAGAAGAAGAAGAAGAAGAUGAUGAUGAUGAUGAUGAUGACAGCGACAUCAUUUAA